CCAUUUGAAACAUACUUUAUUAUAAUUAAUAAUGCUGAACAUAUAAUAGUUUAAGUACCACAGUACUUAAUCUAAAUAUCAUGAUUUCAGCAAGAGACUUUAUUAUCUCCACUAUCGAACUCUACUUUGAUGGGACAAGGCUUAAGCUUGAUGAAGAAUCAGAAAAUGCUUUGUCGGAAUUCAUUUACAAUUCACAAACAUUAUUAAUUCAAGGCUAUGUGCAUAACGAUAGUUUGAGAUUGUCGAUGAAGUUACAAAAUGUGAAGAGAUCAAUUGUAUUUUAUAAGAUUGAAAGAAAGGAAUUGACUCAGGGAAAUUCAGCUCAGGAUAUAAACAUAUUAACAUUUUCAAAUAACACUGCUGAAAUACUGUUUUACGUAUCAAGAUUAAUUUUCACACCCCUCAUAUCAGAGGGAAACGAUUUGUAUUCAAGUAAACUUCAGAAGUGUCUUUUGGAAUUGGAAUCUGUCCUACGUGUUGUUAAUUAUGGGAAGGAGAAAGGAAAUGUCAACGCAAUAUUUACUAUAGAAGAUGAAUUUGAAUAUUGGAAAGCUGUAAUGGAAAAAAAAGAUGCCAGUAAAAAAGAGAGAGAAAUGUCCUCAACAUUUUUUGAACAAUUUCAAUACAUUAUUGAAGAACUAAGAUCUAUGCAAUCAAACGUAAUGAUUGACGCCAGAGAGGCCGCUGAAAAUAUUGGUGGCAUACUAGACGACAUCUGGCGGACAACUACAGCACCUUAUCCGAUCGAGAGAAUGGUCCAUGUUAUGGAUGUAAUUGGACACACAAUAUGCACAAUAAUCGAGACUAAUUUGGUCGCACUCGAUUUAUGGAGGGUUCAUGAUGAUAUUCGAGAAGUAGAAAUGCUGGUAUCAAUUUCGGAUUGCUUACAAGUGGUAGAAACAUGGACCGGUGCUUGUAGAGCUCUCACAGAGACGUACUGGCCGAACUACGCGCUGCACCCUUGGAACGCAAAGACUUACAUACCGCAGUUUUGUGUCAAUUUCCAAAUGAGACUUAAAGAGGUGUAUGAAAUUAAAUCUGUGUACAGUCAACUUAAUAAGUUACUUUCGAGCAAUGAAAAAAAUGAUCUACGGGUAAACCAACUGCUUUCACCGUUUCAAAGUGUCAACGUAUGGUCGUGCAACGGCCCUAACCCUGCAUGGCAAGCGGCCGUUUCUUUAUUCUCCACGAGUUUACGGCAAGUUGAAGUUAAAGUGGCUGAAAAACUGAAGCCAAGACUUCACAAUACGUCCACUAAACAAAUGUUGUAUGAAUUUCUGAGAUAUGAAGCUUUAAUAGAACGACCUUACGUGAAACAGACUUUGAAUAAUGAGCUGGAAAUAUUUGCAACGUCACUAGUAGCGAUGUUGAAAGAUAUAAAAAAUCAGAUUGAUUCUGAUGAAACGGAUGUUAAAAUGUAUCAGCCGCCGGAAAUGUCGCCGUUAGUACACCGAGUGCAGUGGGCGAAGCAAAUGGAAGCUAAGGUAAAAGAAAUCAAAAUAUGUGCUGACAAACAUUUGAGCGAAUUCUCCGGUUGUUCAGAGUUGACAAACUUGGCCACACAAUUGUUAAAAGAUCUAAAAGAAAUGUAUAUUCAGCUACAUGAAGAAUGGUGCAGAGAGCUACAGGCUCAAGCAAAGAACGGUUCGCUUCAAAUGUCCACCGACAAGCCUGUAGUGGAGUUCAGCGGGCCGAACAAGAUGAUGGUAGUGAAUUUUAACCCGCGGCUGGUGUGGGCCGAGCUGGAGGGUCGCGCGCUCGCCGCGCUCGGACUCGCGCCGCCCGCCGCCCUCCCCGCGCCGCCCGCAGCCCCCGCCGCCCUCGCGCACGCGCGCGCCCUGCAGCAGGUGGCUUCAUUUCACAAUACGUUGGGCGAACGAAUGAUUCCCUCCACUAAACCCAUGAUGCUGCAAGCGGCUCUGGACCUGUCUGCAAUAGUGCAAGACCAGAAAACCGUGUACUGGGACGACGUUGAACAAUUGGCGAACUACACCGAAAAACUUAAGAAGAUGGUCUUGAAGCUGGAAGGGCAGAACACUUAUUUGACUAGUCAACAUAUGGCCAUCAAAGAAAUAGUUAUGAAACUAAUCAACACCGAAUUAUUGGCAAAACUGUCUGAAUGGAAGAAAGGGGUCAAAGACAUACGUAGUAUCAUAGAAACGGUAGAAGGGAACGGUUAUAGAAACACUGAACUUUGGAGAUCACAUUGGGACUGGCAACUGUAUAAAGCCUUGGAGUGCCAAUAUAUAAAGACGUUGCUCUCACUAGAUAAACACUUUGCGCAUAUUAAAGUUGACUUGGUCUUACGAGGGCAUAAGAUACGAGUACAGCCGCCCAUCGAGGAAAUACGCGUCCAACAUUACCAUCAACUGCGGCGUCUCGUGUCGUUGCCGGCGCAGUUCGUCGGCGUACAGAAUAACAUCACCGAGGGACAAUCCAUAUUCGCCGAUAUCGUAGAUAAACAUAGCUGGCUGGGGAACAAAGCCGUGAAGAAACUGGAGCAGGUGUUGUCGUCGUUGGAGCAGUGCGGGCGGCAGUGGACGCGGCGCGCGGCGCUGGCGUGCGUGCCCGACCUGCGCGCGCUGUGCACGCACUCGCUCGCCGAGCCCGAGCACUGGGAGCUCAACUUCAAAGCCUGCAAGGCCUAUGGACAAGCCAUUGCCAAGAUGACCUUUGACGACGAGAAAAUCGAAUGGUUGUCGGUGGGCACGGCGACCUUGCGGCGGGAGUUUGAAGCGCAGGCGCGCACCUUGUGGGCUUGUCUGAUAUCGUCCCUUCAAACUAGCUGUCGUACUGAUGCCUCGGAAGUCGAUGCUUUCGUUGCCAACGUCACUGUCAUAUUGAACAAUAAAACGCUACCAAACAACUCUAAAGAGUUGACCGAACUGAGUGCGAAACAGCAAGCCUUGCAAGAAAAAAUGCCCGAGAUGGAGAAGAUAGUUGCAGCUCUCAAAAAGAAAGGGAACAUGCUGCGGACGUGGGGCGGUGAUACGUCAAUUGACGGGACUAUAAAGGAGUGGCAGAAGACGCGAGAGCUAAUGCUCAAUCAUCAACAAAUGUUUGAAAAUCAGGCUGAAAUUGUAAAGGCCAGCUUGAAUGGUGAAUGGGAAAACUUGAACACAAGCGUGGAAGCGUUUGUCUCCCGUUGGACACAAUCCAAGGCACGCUUAGACGCGGCACACGGUGUACACUACGAAGAAAUGGUCGACCGAUGUCGCACUGUUUUUGAUGCUAUUACUAGUUGGAAAAAGUUUAUCACCGAUAGAGAAGAACUCGUGAAAGAGUGCGAAAAAUUCAAUAUGAAAACAGAUAUUGCUGACGUCUGGCAACAGGGUGACAAAUUGUUUGAAAACUACGAGACACUAUGGACUGUUUUUGAAAAAUUCAAUGAAGAAUACGAGUCAAUUGCCGAACAAAGCUGGAUAGUAUUUCAGAAGAAAUUACAUUUACUCGACGAGUUUACGAUGAAAUGGAGCACGCGCUUGGAGCCAUACACCGUCGUUACAUUGUUCAUACAACAAGAACUUGAUAGAUAUUCGGAUAUAACACCUCUGUUGAAAUAUCUACGUGGUAAUGAUUUCACGGACCGUCAUUGGCGCGAAGUAUUCAAUUUACUGGAGAUGGAGUACAAGAAAUCUGAUACGUUGAAACUUAAAGACUUCCUCAUUGCCGCUUCGAAUAUUAAGAAACAUAUAAAAGAGUUGCAGAAAAUUUGCACGACAGCUACGAGCGAAUCAGCUAUUCGAAGCGCUUUAAAUGAACUAGAGAUUUGGUACGCCGGAGCUCGGCUGUCUAUCAUAUAUUAUAGUGACAAAACAAAACGACCCACACCUAUUGUUAAAGACUUCAAGGAGAUAAUGAAUAAGGUGGAAGAACAGCAGUGGAUAGUAUGUUCCGUGAGCGGUGGCGGCAGUCCCGAGGCGUGUGGUCCGUGGGAGGCGCGGCUGCGGGCCGCACACGACGUGCUCCGUGCCACGCACCACGCACAGCGCAGGUAG